AUGGAUAAUGUACCUCCGCAAGUAUGGGCAGUGGCUCACACCCUUAUAGCCCGCAAUGAGACCACCAAUUCAACUGCCGCGAAUUCCAAUGCCGACACAGCAAAUCGUCCCCCAGUCUACAAGGCAAUCGGCCUCAGUCUGGCGGUGGCUUCCGGACUAUUUAUUGGUACUUCAUUUGUGCUGAAAAAGACUGGACUGCUCAAGGCGAAUGCUAAAUACAACGAGGAAGCUGGUGAAGGCUAUGGCUACCUCAAGAAUUUCUGGUGGUGGGGAGGGAUGACGCUGAUGAUAGUGGGCGAGAUCUGCAAUUUUGUCGCAUAUGCCUUCGUCGAUGCGAUCCUUGUCACACCAUUGGGGGCACUGAGCGUUGUGGUCACGACCAUCCUGUCUGCCAUCUUUCUCAAGGAGCGCCUGAGUUUCGUCGGUAAGGUGGGAUGUUUCAAUUGCAUCGUCGGCAGUAUUGUCAUUGUUCUUAAUGCUCCCGAGCAAAGCGCUGUCGCCGACAUUCAAGAAAUGCAACACUUCGUUAUCGCCCCAGGCUUUCUCAGCUAUGCCGGCAUCGUGAUUGUGACUUGUAUAUUUAUCGCCUUGUGGGCUGGGCCGCGCUACGGCAAGAAAAGCAUGCUGGUCUACCUGAGUAUUUGCAGCCUGAUCGGCGGCCUCAGCGUCGUCGCGACCCAGGGGUUGGGGAGUGCGGUUGUUGCCCAAGCUGGCGGUAAACCUCAGUUCAACCAGUGGUUCCUCUACGUUUUACUGGUCUUUGUGGUUGCAACACUUUUGACAGAAAUCAUCUAUCUCAAUGCAACUCUGAAUAUUUUCAAUGCGGCCCUCGUCACUCCGACAUACUAUGUGAUCUUCACCAGCGCUACAAUCAUCACUUCCGCCAUCCUCUUCCGGGGUUUUAAGGGCACAGCCGUGUCCAUCACGACCGUGAUCAUGGGUUUCUUCCAAAUAUGCGCUGGUGUUGUCCUCUUGCAAAUGUCCAAAUCUGCAAAGGACGUCCCGGAUGCCGCCGUUUUCAAGGGUGAUCUCAACCAAGUCAGGGAGAUCGCAGAGGUGGAGCAGCCAGAAACGGAGCCUAAGGCUGAUGCUAUACGCGGCACCGCAGCUUUGAUCAGAAGAAUCUCUGUUUCACGGCAGAAGAUGGAACAAGAGGAAGCCCGACGGCUGCGGGAAGACAAACUCAAAGAUCAACUUGAGCCGCUUCGCGAGAACGAGAUUGUGGAAUGGGACGGACUCCGCCGUCGAAAAACCGUGAUUGGCGAACCUGGGGCAGUUGUUCGAAGGAAGACGAUUCAUCCGCCGCUGGGAAUGUCGCAUUUCCCGGAGUCGGAUCAAGACGGGGCCGAGAACGAACUGGGAUUUUUUGAAAACCUUCGCAAUCGUGCCCAAAGUGUUAUUCGUAACCCCAGUCCCCGUCACCAUGCCACCACGCCGGAAGAUACUCUACGGAGCCCAAUACAUCCCGUUGCUCUGACGGAUAUCAAGGUUAUUCCAUCUAAAGCCGAGUCACCCAUCGUCCCGUACGGCCCAGGGAGCCUCGAAGAUGCCCAGGAACGGAUUUACGGACUUCCUCAGGGGCAACUGAAAGAACGAGCAAUCACCAUCGCAGCUCAAUCCUCGCCCCGUUCCAAACCCCUGCCCGCCAAACCGUCCUCAUCCCCUGCACUCCGACUACCUCGCGAGGCAAGACGGCAGUUCUCUUUCACCAACUUCCUUCGACCAGGUUCACGCACCCCCGAGAUAGAUCCAGUUCCUUCACGACCGAAUCUCUCACAUCGGACUAGCAGCCAUGAACAAAGACGGGCCAUGAAGAAUGCAUCCGAGGAGGAAAGAUUAGGACUUGUCAAGGGUGAUUCUCACGUUGCUUUGCUUAAGCAUGACUCGUCUCGCUCCCCUGAGCGUCCAUCUCAGCCCCUCUCUUAUGCCCAUCCAACUUCUCAUUCUCAGUCCAGCUCCACUUCAAGCGUUGAUGAUUACCAUUCCUAUCAAUACCCUUCUCCUCCUCAACGUUCUCUGUCAUAUUCUGACGAGGUUGAUGGUUGGCAGAUGAUGAGCACCACGAGUCCCCCGAACGAGAUGAACCGAGCUUCGACACCACCGCCGCCGUCCGUUACGGCAAGCAGCCGGAGAAGGCCAAGUCCGCCGAGGAUAUAUCAACCCCCACCUUUACUCACGAGGAGUUCGCCUCCGACCGACUACACCGAGGAACGACCCAUUCCAGGGACGAUGGUGGGCGGAGGGCCGACACAGACCAGAGCCACACCAGCAGUGUCAAACCAUUCCCAGAAUUCAUCGAUGAGCCCACCGCGGAUCACGACUCAACAUCAAGGCACUGGUUUGCUCAGGACAGGUGGAGAAGAUCACCUAGCUCAAGUUUCCGAGGACGCAAGAGUGAAUAAUGCCUACAACUAUGAGGCGGGCCGGACAGAAAACGUCGAGCCAGAGGCCACCCGGAGACGGUUUGAGGAGCAGAGUAAAAGGGAAAGAGAGGAGAGGCGGUUGAGAGCCACCGGACGACGACAGAGUUGGAAACCCUCCACUUCUGAAGAAGGCGGCAGUUUCCUUUAG